GAGUUCCUUUAAAAACUAGACGAGGGGCGUUGCCCCCAGUUAGCAUCGAAGCCCGGCGUCGCGGAGGUACUCCGCAAAAGUCUUCCAGAACAGUGCCACUGUUCUAGGGGACUAAUUCACGAAGCAGCGCAAGAACUUCGAAAAAAAAAAAACCAUUGCCGCAAAGGAAGACGGCAGAAUGCUUAACGGAGAGCGUCGCGGUGCUUCUGAAGCGGUGGCUGUUUCCACGAAGCAGAGGAGGCUGAUGAGGAUGGACAAACUGACGACGUGGGUGCUGGGCGCACUCCUGCAGGCCUGCUUAUGGGACUUUGGGACAGCGACGGCACUUCCCGCUGCGUUGGAGUCCCGGCUGUCUCGGGCAGCGCUGCAAGUGAUUCUCAGCCACACCACGUACCCGAGCACCAGCCUGGUUCCGCAGUUCGUCAGCGACGAGCGGCUCAUGCACUCAAACUUCCGGACAAAGUCCAGCAUAGGAGACCGAGAGGAGCUGCAAGUGACGAAGCUCAUGCUUACCGGCGUGAAGACGGACGUGUAUGGCGCCGUUCGCUGGACGCACCUUCACCACAAUCACUCCGACCACGUGAUGGCCGUGGCUCGGAACAACGUCCACCUCUGGCGAUUCACCAACCCCAACGUGGAGCUCCUCACUCGGAACGCCAUCUUCCGCUUCAGCUCUGGUUCGGAUGACAUCAUCGAUGCCACGGUCUUCCUCCGCAACGAAAAGAACUUCCAGAGCAUGUUCCUCGUGCUCAUUAUUCGCACUGGCCUGACUGCGAAGCUGGUCGUCUACGAAGUGGACGCCGCUGGAGAAUCAUUGCUCUACACACUGCAACUGAACGAGGUUCCCAUCAAGGUCCGCUGGCUCCAGUCCCAACAGGAAGGGGCGCUCGUACUGCUCUUCCCUUCCGUGUACGCCGACGUCGGUUUCACGGACAUACGCCAAGGGGGCACGGUGCUGAGCCACGUCGUCAAGAUCCACGUUCCGAUGGCGGUGGACAUGGAGACCACCACCAUAUCUGGUUACGGCUACGUCGCCGUCAACAACGCGUCGUCUGUGCUGGUCUACCGCGCCGAUGACCUCGCGAGCAACUUCAAGGUCUUUGACAUGUUGCACGGCACCGAUCUGACGGACGUGUCUCUGUUCCGAGUGGGCUUCGACAACGUGUUGGCCGUGGCGGGUCUCCGGGAGCAGUUCCUGUACGUGUGGCGCGGCGGUGGCUUCUUCCUGCGACAGGUGCUCAAGGUUCCGCGCGCCUUCCAGUGGCACCCCGUGGGUGUGGACUCGUGUCGGGAUGACGUCAUACUCGCCCUGGCCACCAUGGAUGCCUCCUAUCCUCUGCGGCUGCACACCUGGUCCUCCAGGCUCAGGCGCUUCCAGGAGGUGGACAGAGGUACCGUCCCCCUUGGCGGUUUCGUCAUUCUCAAAGACAGCCUGUCAUCGUUCAGCAUAAAGGACAACGCUUGGAUGUUCUUCACUGACGCCAACAAGGGCACUCCCAAAUCAAUCAUGGUUUCCACCAAGGUCACACUCCUGUCAAAUCCGGUUCAAGAAAAGGGCUCCCAACUCGUGCUUCGCAUGACGAUGCUCAAGGAUCAACUGGACAAGCAGCAGGCUCUGCUGGGGCAAGCGUCCAACACCCUUCGGCAUGCAAUAUCCACGAAGGCAGCGGUGAAUGUGGUUCAGGUGAAGCAGGUCAUUCGGUCUGUACUCGUCAAUGGCCCGGUCUCCAUGGGAUUCGCAAAGUUGCCCGAAGGCUUGUCCAUGGAGGGGUCCAAGGUCUCCAUGAACGAGCUCCACAGCAAGAUGCCAGAGCUCCAGAAGGCCAUGAGCGACAUCGGCUUCCGAAUCCGCAAGCUCGUCUCCGCUCUCAAAGAUGCCGUGUUCAAGAAUAAGCCCGCCACUAUCACCGCACCGAAAGUAUUGCAAGGUCACUUGUCGACGCCGCUGUUGAAAUCUGCCGAAGCGAACAUUGGUUCAAUCCAUGGCGUACCUGUCGCCGAACUGUUUAGGAACCUUUACUGGAUGAACAAGCCGACUACUAUAACGGGAAAAGUAACCUUGGCGAGGCCUGCCCGAAUAAGGUCGUCACUCCAGUCCCCAUCAAUAAACGGCAUCAACCUCGCCAACGCAGUCACAACAGACAGACAUUACACUAUAAGCGGACCUACAGCCUUUGCAAGCCCUCUCGUUAUCUCCAAGGACUCUCUUUUGGAAGGAAAAUUGAACGGCAUGAAAUUGAGUGACUUGGUGACACUGACCGGAACGCACUACAUCACUGCUCCCAAAACCAUGACCUCCCUCAAGGUCCUCCAGGAAUUGUCCGCUCAAACGGUCGAUGGCGUCGACGUGACGAAAGUUGCCGACAUUGGGGAGCGCUUCGUCAGGAUCAACAUUCCCGCAAUAAUCACCGGCGUCAAACACUUCGUCGGCACUUUCGACGCGCUGCAAGACGUCCGUCUACGGGGCAGGCUCAACAAACUCGCCAUACCAGGAGAUCUUCUGCUCAGGGACGCCGAGCAAUUCGUGCGAGCACCAAAGCGGUUCGACAGGCUCGUCACUACUGUAACCAACGUUGAAGGCAGAGUUAGCGGCGUAGCGCUACCAGGAGACGUCUACCGUCUCACUGACGACAGCCCCGUCGACGUACCGCUCGCCUUCGCCAAUGGGCUUCAGGCGCAGCGAGACGUGGUCGUAGCUGGCACGGUCGACAACGUGGACAUUUCGGAGUUCGCUGCAUACGCGUCCAAGCAACCCGAAAGAAUUGUGAAGAACAACGUGGUCUUCAAAGCACCAGUUUUCGUCAAGAAGUCGGUCCGGGUUCCACGCGAAGGUCAACAGCGUGCUGCUCGAUGCCCUUUAUAA